UCCAGCUUCUGUAUUCUAUUUUUGAGGCUUUCGUGCUGAUUUUCCGCACCGAUAAUGCGUUUUUAUUGUGAAUUUUCGCCAAUUUUGGAGCACUGAGCUGAAAACAUUUGGCGGCUAUGGGAAAAUACAUUUUUUUUUCAAUUUCUUUGCAAUUUUCCGGCUUUUACUGACCAUUUUAGAGUUUGUGGGGCGAGGGACAUGUAUUUCAAAGGACCCUUUUGGCUUUCUUUCUCUAAAAUACAAGAAAAUCACGAAAAACCUCAAAGAGGUUGUAAAGAAAUUUAGUAAAAUCUUCACUUUGGUAAAAUUGCGCGAAUUCUAAUCUCUCAAAAUCAGCUUAAACUUCAGAGUGAUCAAAAAUGCUGGCCAGGAUCUUUUAUUCCGCUCUCCAGGCGCUAGAAAACACAGUUUUUCCGCAUUUUCCCCGACAUUUUCCAGCCCUCGCGGUGGCUGCUGUUGAGGAACAGCGGCAUGUUGAGAGAUCUGGAAGCUGGGAUGGACUGAAGAAAGCCUGGGAGGAUGCAAUUCUGUGGGCUGUGCCAAAGAGUCGUCGUACCCUUGAGAGGCGUCACAAGAGGAUGUACGGCAGCCCGGAAUAUAGGAUGAAAAUCCUCCAGCCCAAGAAUAACCUCCGGAUUUGCAUAACCUGUGGGCAUCAUCAUGAAGUAGGCGUGCUCUGUCCAAAUUGCUACGAUCGCGUAAAGACAGAAACCCAGAAGAUGCAAGAAGAAAUUCAGCAGGAACUAGGCCUUCAGCCCAUUGACAAGGAUGUUGUUGUCCUCUACCAGGGUGAGAAGCUCCAAGGACUCCCGGAAACAUGGCAGGGGAAACGCAUUGUUGAGCUAAAACGCCCACGCCCAGCGUGGUUCAGCAAAAAUCUCCUGGAGAAAACAACUCAACCUCCGGCAACGACAAAGGAAGUCAAGCCCACGGAUCUGGGUUAAAGAUAAAUCUGCUUCUUAAAACUCAUCAAUAUGAGGCACUAGGUUAGUGAAGAAAGUCUUAUCGAACUCUUGGAAAUCUUUAAAAAAUCAUUAUCUACCGUCACCAGUAAUUUAAUGAGUUUUUCUCAGAAGGAGAAGCCAACAAAGCCCUUUGUGGGGAACAAAAAUUGCAAGAAAUUGCUUUUCAACUUACUCUGGGAUUUCUUCUCGUCCAGCAAAAUCUUUAAGUCACACUGCUGCUUCACCAUUGUGGCCUUUAGCUUCUUGUACCUCUCCAGGCCCUUUGUUAGCUUCUCCGUCACGUCCGUUUCACUGUCGGGAGUCUCCUCGGCCAGGAAACCAAAUCCCAUGAGCGCCUCACCGUCCACUGCGGUGCUGCCCGUCAUAAUUUCCUGACAAUUCUUCUCCAGCUGCUGCUUGGCGUCCGUCACUUCGUUCAGCAUUUGCAGGGAGAUCUCCUCGAGGCUGAGAUUUUCACUAUCCGGGAGUUUUUCCCGCAGCUUUGGAUUUGGGGCGUUCUGUGUGAAUGUCUUAGAGCGUAGGAGGUUCUGACUGGCCACCGGGGAUGGGGGACUCGCCUUGGCUGUACGACUGUCCUUCGUGAGACGCGACAACCGUGACCAUAGCUGACGAUUCUCCGUGGCCACCAUGGCAAUGUGAUUCGUCAGCUGGGCUUUCUGCCUCAGGAGAUCCGCAACCUUUGCCUGCAAAUUCCCCACUUCGUCGUCGCCACGCUCUGCAGCGUCCUGAGGUGGCCUAUCGCCAAGUUUCAGGCGCAGCUGGUGGUUCUCUUCCUCAACAGUCGUCAAUCUACCCUCCAGGUUUUGACAUCGCUCACGGAGGGUCUUCAGUGCGAUGUUCAGUGCAUAGUUGGCCUCAUCACUCUCCGCCAUGGUGCUCAAGAGAUGUUUUCUCACUUAUAUAACACAACUAGUUCAUUGCUCCACUUUACCCGCAAAUGAGCAGGAAGCUAAAAAAGUGCACUGACUCAAGAAAAGGGGGUUUCUGGUGUAAUCUUCCCAAGGACAAUGACGACUUCUACUGUGACAACCAAACAAUCCCAGCUGGCAGAUUUCACAACACCACUGUCCCAUUAAACCAUUUCCAAUGGAAUUCCUAUGACAUUCCACAGGAGCAUGCAGAAGUUGAUUUUUAUUGAAAAAGCGCGAAAACUCGAAGAAAAAUGGGGAAAACUCAUUAAAAAUCUUUUAAAAUUUACACAGAAAGUAGCAAAAGAAUUCUUGUUAAAUCUUUUGAGGUUUGAGAAUCUUUUUAAUGGAAGAUUUUCUGAUGAAGAACUAUUGGUUCUCAGGCGGAAAAUCCAUGGAAAGUCCACAGGAAGAAUCACACAGCUUUCCUCUGCAAAAGGACUUUAUGCACAAUGUACAGAAAUAUUUAAAAUAAAUAAAAAAAAACAAUUUCAACUCAAAUAUUUCUUUAUUAAUUUCUUCUCAAAAAAAAAAAGAACAAUUUGUCUAACAUUGUGACUUUCUCAAAAGUAAAACAAUUGAUUUUUUUUACUUGGCACCAAAUGUUUGCCUGUGAAUAAAUUAGAAGAAGAAAAGAAAGAAAGAAUUACAAAACACAAUCACCAAACCUCAUAGAAUUGUUGCUUAAGCUCAGAAAAAUUCUUUAAAAAAAAUAUAAAUGAAUGUAAAAAAAAAUUGUACAAAAUGAUUAUAAAAGCUGGUGCUCCUUAAAUGCUAAAUAUAUUUUAGUUUCAUGACACAGACAUAAAGUGCAGGUUUUUUGGUCGAGCAAACAAUCCAACUUAUUUUUUUUUAGAUAACUCAAAAACAUGGAAAACAUCGUCCAGUCGGAAGGCAUGGCAUUUUUUUUGGAAUCGUCUUGUUAAGUUUAAAACACAGGUCUUGUUUUUUUCUAGAGUUUGGCAAUGUACUGGCGAGGCCUAAAAUAAAAAGGAUGUGUAGUAGAAUUUAAAGUAAAUUUAAAACCAUAAACCAAUUCUGUAGAGGGUGGAGGGAAGGUUUGAUGAAGCGAAGGAAUUUUUUACUUACCUAGAAAUGAUAAAAGUGUGUAAAAACAUAAAUUUGUGUUGCAGGAAAAACGAAAAUUCUCUAUUUUUUGCUACACCAACACGGAAGAAAAUCAAAAGGGCAAAAAAUACACAGAAAAGUUUGGGAAAAUUGGAAAGAGCGCUCUGAACUGGUUGUUUUUUUCUUUAAUUUAUUAUUCACUUACCUUUAAAGGAUUUUCAGAUAUAUUUUUUUCGGGGAACUUUCAUUAUAUUUUUUUCAUUUAAAGAUAACAAAAUUAACAAAAAGAUUUACAGGAAUUGUAGGAUUUAUAAAGGAUCUUAAAACAUGGAACUUAGAACACUUGGAUUAGAAAAAAAAAUUUCGGGAUUUGAAGAAUCAUGGGAUUUAUAGAACUUAUGAGAUUUAAAAUGAUUUAUUUUUCGGAAUUAUGAAAAACGAAUUUUAGCCUUGUAUUUUUUUACUUUCUGCUUUUACUCUUUAGUUUUUUAAUUAUGUUUAAAGAAAUUAUUAAUCGAAGCAAUGAAGCAUAUGCUUUUCAGUGUUUAUAAGAAAGUUAAGAUGAAAAGAGAAUGUUAUUAAUUUAUUUUAUGAAAAGCUUUGUGGAUUUUCUUCCAGCUGCUUUUUACAAUAGUUACAAAUGAAGCUUUUUUGAACUUCGAGAAUUAUUUUAUUGAGCUUUUUUUUUAAAAAAAAAAAAAACAUAUAAACGUAUAAAGUGAAUAGACUCCUUUUCUAGAAAUAUGAAACGGAAUCGUAUCGAAUUAUUAACGAAUUUUUGUUAUUAAAUUUUAGAUUUUUUUCUAAAAAAAAACAGUUCAGGGCGCACAAUUUUCCGAUUAUUUUCAGAGGAUUUUACGAAAAAAAAAGCCAACCAAAAAUGAAAACCAAAGGGCAAUAAAACAUCUCUAAAAUACAGAUAAAUUGUGUAAAUAACAGUGGGAAAUAUUUCGAAUCUUUUAUUAACAAAUUAUGAACAAGUUUCUGUACAAUUUAUUAUUAAAAAAAAAAACAAAUUCCUUAUCGGGUUAGUCAAUAAAAAUGAGCACUAUAAGACUAGUUUUAGUAACAAAAAUUAAGAUUUUCUAAUUGGCUAAAAAAAUAAGGCAAGUGAAUAAUUUUUUUCUUCGAAUUUUCCUUCUAAUGAGAAAAGAAAAAGAAAUUUAGUAAAUAAAAUUUAAGAAAAUUUUGUAUAAUGUAAAAAA